AUGAGCCGCCAUUUCUUGUAUUAUUGUGGUGAACCUACUCUGGAUGUGAAGAUUGCCUUUUGUCAGCCUUGGUUUCUGUUUUUUUCUCCACUCCUUUCCCCCUUCCCUUCUUCUAUACAACAGGGAUUUGGGAAACAAGUGGAUGUGUCAUAUAUUGCCAAACAUUACAACAUGAGCAAAAACAAAGUUGACAACCAGUUCUACAGUGUGGAAGUAGGUGACUCAACCUUCACAGUUCUCAAACGCUACCAGAACUUGAAACCUAUUGGCUCUGGGGCUCAGGGAAUAGUUUGUGCUGCAUAUGAUGCCGUCCUUGACAGAAACGUGGCCAUUAAGAAGCUCAGCAGACCUUUUCAGAAUCAAACUCAUGCCAAGCGAGCUUACAGGGAGCUGGUCCUCAUGAAGUGUGUGAAUCAUAAAAAUAUUAUCAGUUUAUUAAAUGUCUUCACACCACAGAAAUCUCUAGAGGAAUUCCAGGAUGUUUACCUGGUGAUGGAAUUAAUGGAUGCCAAUCUGUGCCAGGUCAUUCAAAUGGAGCUAGACCAUGAACGUAUGUCUUAUCUACUGUAUCAAAUGCUCUGUGGUAUCAAGCAUCUUCACUCUGCAGGAAUUAUUCACAGGGAUUUAAAACCAAGUAAUAUUGUGGUAAAAUCUGACUGCACGUUGAAGAUUUUGGAUUUUGGACUGGCCAGGACUGCAGGCACUAGCUUCAUGAUGACUCCCUAUGUGGUGACACGUUACUACAGAGCACCAGAGGUCAUCUUGGGAAUGGGCUACAAGGAGAACGUGGAUAUAUGGUCUGUGGGAUGCAUUAUGGGAGAAAUGGUUCGCCACAAAAUCCUCUUUCCAGGAAGGGACUAUAUUGAUCAGUGGAAUAAAGUUAUUGAGCAGCUGGGAACACCCUGUCCAGAAUUCAUGAAGAAGCUGCAGCCAACAGUACGGAACUAUGUUGAGAACAGACCCAAGUAUGCUGGCCUCACUUUCCCCAAACUUUUUCCAGACUCUCUCUUCCCGGCUGACUCAGAACACAACAAACUCAAAGCCAGCCAAGCCAGGGACCUUUUAUCAAAGAUGCUAGUCAUUGAUCCAGCCAAGAGAAUAUCAGUAGAUGAAGCCUUACAGCAUCCAUACAUUAAUGUCUGGUAUGACCCGGCAGAAGUGGAGGCGCCACCCCCUCAGAUAUAUGAUAAACAGCUGGAUGAAAGAGAACAUACAAUUGAGGAAUGGAAAGAACUCAUCUACAAAGAAGUAAUGAACUCUGAAGAAAAGACUAAAAAUGGUGUAGUAAAAGGACAGCCUUCUCCUUCAGGUGCAGCAGUGAACAGCAGUGAAAGCCUCCCUCCAUCCUCAUCUGUCAAUGACAUCUCAUCCAUGUCCACGGAUCAAACACUGGCGUCUGACACAGACAGCAGCCUGGAAGCUUCUGCGGGACCCCUUGGUUGUUGCAGGUGA